AGUCUCUGUCCGAAACACGACUCGUCAGUCUGCAUCGGUGUGCGGUUUGAUGCGGUUGGGCGUGCGGCCUUGCGUGCGAUCGCAUUCUGCGAUUUGGAGCGACGUCGGAUAAUCCGUCAAUCCCUUCCCCGUCGGGAAAUUCGUCGGGGCGCGUCGUCGGCGAGCGUAAAGCGCGCUAGUUAGUCGCGUCGCGCGGAGCGAUGGCUGCGUGCGUCGGUGAACAGGUGCCGUCGGAAAGCGUCGCGAGGAGGUCCGCGUCGACGGCCACCGUCGCCGGCAAACCGGCGAUGUGCUGGCAACACCGGCUGUUCGGCAAGCAGCUCGCGCGCUGCAACCAGGUUAACGACGCGAAAAUGUCGAUCGACUCGGCGGCCGCCUCGCUCGUCCGCGAGGACGGUCGGCCGGUUUGCGAGAUCAUCGGCAUGUACUUCAGCUUCGUGAAUCCUGGUGCGACCUGCGAUGACUUUACGCGCCAGCUGGUCGAGCUUUAUGCGGAUGUCAACGCGGACACCGACGCCGGCGGCGACCGCGACAAGAGGAAGAGAUUCGAGGUGGUGCACGUGGUGCUCUGGAGCAACGUGACCGACGUGCUCGACUUCGAGGACAGCUUCCGUGCUCAUGUGGCCGAUCUGCCUUGGCUCGCAGUGCCCAACCGGGACUACGAGAGAAAGACCAGGCUGACUCGGAGGUAUCGUAUAAAGGCCGGUGUACCGACGUUGAUCUUACUCGAGGGCUCCAAUGGAUCCAUAGUGACGCGCGGUGGAGUCGAACGAACCGUCGCCGAUCCUACCGGCGUGGAGUUCCCUUGGAGACCUCCACAUCCUAAAGCUGCCCUUGAGGAUGGUCCUCUCCUGCCAUGCGGUGCCCGAGAUAACAAUGAACCUAUGUUGCACGAGGAACUUCGUCACUGUUUCAAGGGGGUGUACUUCAGUGCGCACUGGUGUCCCCCUUGUAAAGCAUUCACUCCGCAACUCGUGGAUACAUAUCAACGAAUCCGGGAGAGAGGUCAUGAUUUUGAAGUAAUUUUCGUAAGCUCGGACAGGAGCGAGGAUUCCUAUAAUGCGUACACGGAAACAAUGCCUUGGUUGAGGAUACCUUUCAGUCAAGAAGAAAGACGUCGAAAGUUGGCACGAGCUCUCGACGUUCAAGCAAUACCAACUCUGGUAAUUCUGGACCCCCGCGACAAUAUAAUCACUCUGGAUGGACGCGCUGAGUUGAUCGAAGAUCCAGAAGGACUGAACUUUCCUUGGACAAGUAGACUGGUAAACAUUUUAACAGAAAAAUAUGCUACAUCGUUGCACGAUGCCCCAGCCAUUAUCUUGUUCGUCGAAGGAGAAGAUUGCGAAAUUCAGUUCGGGGAAAGCGUAUUACUGCCAGCUGCACAAGCGUACAGAAGAGAUCAACCCGAUUACGAUCCAAAUUAUGAUGAUCCUGAUGACGAUACACUGCAGUUUUAUAUAGCUUUAGAUUGUGAAACAUCCGACAUUCUUCGCGAAUUUAUUGGUCUGGAUGACGCAAUACCUCUCUUGACUGCUAUCGACAUUCCGCGGGGGAUCUACGUGGUGAUGGAGUACGGCGCCGAGAUCACCGUAGACUCGGUGCAGCAAUUCGUCGAUGGAUUUCUCAACAACAAACUGCCGAUCAAUAAAAUAGCGGCAGUGCACAAAACGUCAAAGACAAGCGAACACGUGCCGGCCUAAAGUCAACGAAACGUCAAAUUAAUUAAGCACUAAAUUUGUAUUUGUGAAAUUUUAUAAGAAAAUAAGUUGUCGAGUGUCAGGUGAAGAAAUCUUUCUCUCUUUCUCUCUUUUGUACUCCUGUCUCUGUGAUACCGUCGUUCUUUCCGUAGAGAAAUUCGCGCGUAAAUUGUACUUGUUCUCACAUAAUCUUUUACGGAAGUAACCAAAAAUUGUAUAUUAUACCGUAGCCAAAAAUAAAUCGAUCAAAUUGUAUUUUUAAGUAUACGUACACGCACACGAAUACGUUAAUAUAUUAUAUUACUUAAUAAAUGCCAAGUAGGCGCACACUCUACAAAAGAAUCCUUAUAUUUAUGAAACAACUUACGCUCAUUGUAUAAUUAUCAUUGUAUUCGUGUUACAUAUUUAAAAACGUGAUACGUAGCAUCUAAUAAUUCACAUUUUUAUUCUAUGCAUUUGCGGGCACGUAGGCAUCUCUAAUGUAGAGUGUUAUAUCAGUUGUCAGAUAUAGCGUAAUGAUUUUAUUCGUACGUUUAUUUUUCAAUAAUUUUAUUUAUACGUCCGGUUUUUUCCGUCUAUCUCUCUUAUAAAAUUAUUAAAUCCAUCAUGUUGGAAUGAAACUGAAAAGCUCUUUCGCAUCUUAUCAUUUACUUGCUGUUGUAUCCUAGUAUUUCUUAUACAACGCACACAUUACACACGCACACACACACGCAAAGUUAAUAUUUCACACUUUUAUCAGUCCCAAUGUACAUAUAAAAUAUUUUACAAUUAUAAAGCUACUACCGUCGCUGGUUUAAAAACUAUACACCGAGAGUUUGUAUUUUAAAAAAAGGCACUGUAUGUCAUGAGUAAUAAAGUGCAUCGAUUGUUUA